AAUUUUCUUUAAACUAAUGGUACGAUGAUUUCCUUGUGACCGAAAGGUCGCUACAUCUGUAGUUCGAGCCCCAGCGCGUGCAGGUUAUCAUUUCUCCUUCUUAUUACACUAUAACGUAACCAAACCAGUGACAACAUACGUACCAACAACAAAUUAUAUGCACUAACACUGCCGACGCAUCUGGUGCACAGCAUCGGCCCUGCAAGCUGAACGACACACUACACUCGAGCGCAGAUACCCUGGCCGCGGCGAUACUGCAGAUUUCAGUUACGAUGGCUUCUACAAGACCAACGUUUCCGUCACAAAACAAGCUGGGAAGUUGUCCAUAUGUGAUAACAGGGGACAUUUCAAAAACCAAAAAAGGACUGAUUGUUCUGCAAGAAUGGUGGGGACUUAACGAUCAAAUCCAGAACGAGGCAUCGAUGAUUGGAGGAAAAGGAAACUUCGUCACGAUUGUUCCCGAUCUUUACCGAGGGAAAGUUGCCAUAGACAACGAACAAGCUGGUCAUUAUAUGGGCGAUCUGGACUGGCUUGGGGCGAUUGAUGACAUUGCGGGAGCAGCAAGGGAACUAAAGACAAUGGGCUGUGAAAAGGUUGGUGUGACGGGCUUUUGCAUGGGCGGAGCUUUGUCGUUGGCAGCGGCCGCUCUUGUACCAGAAAUACAGGCGGCAGCUCCAUUUUAUGGAAUCUCCGGUGAUGGACUUGCAGACCUAUCUAAAAUCACCAUUCCCCUCCAAUGUCAUUUCGGUGCUAAUGAUGCUGUGGAAGGUUUCUCCUGUCCGAAGUCCCAGGCCAAACUUAAAGAAAAGCUAGAUCGUGGAGGAGUGAAAUAUGAAUUCCAUUCCUACCAAGCAGGGCACGCAUUUACCAAUCCAACCUCUGAUAACUACAACAAGGAAUGCUGCGAUCUGGCCAUAGGAAGGAUGGUCGAAUUUAUGACGAAAAACUUGAAAUGACAUUGCAACAGUUGUCAAAUACUGUGUUGGCAUUGUCUGGUUACUGACAUUGAAUUAGUUGUCAAAUAUUGUUUGUAAAAUGUAAAUAUAUAUCGCGAAGUUGUAACAGCAUUUAACAUUGUGUUUGACAUUUAGAAGUAUUUCCUUUCACUUACAGACCCUGUUAUGCAAAUUAUGGGUAUUAAAGUAAAAUAAUAAGAAAAAA